UGUUACCGGAGAAAGGAAACUGAUGCAGAGCUUUUUAGGCACUCUUCUGUUGACCAAAACGUAAUCUCUUUCGAAGAGAACUAAGACUCGUUGAUUUUCUCCGUUAAGUCAACACAAUAGGGUCGCCUCUUUAUGACGUCACAGUUGCGCCUCACUCAGGCAUGGCAUUCAACUCCACUUUUAACAAGAUAACGCAAGCUCCCAAACGUGGCUCUAUCGUCGUAGCAGACUGGCACCGAUGCAAAGACAGCAAAGCAUACUUCAGCAAGAUAGUGCACAAGAAGAAACGCAAAAUCUUCGGUCUACUGGAGUCGCCUGUGAUGCCUCCACAUAUCCCCGUGGACACUGUCCAUUAUAAGGUCUUCCUCUCUGGCAAGAGUGGGGUCGGUAAAAGUGCUCUUGCAGCACACCUGGCGGGCAUGAAAAUACCCAGCAUGCACUACGAGACUACAGGCAUCGAGACGACGGUGGUUUACUGGCCAGUCAAGCUGAAAGAAAGCGGCAGAGUGCUCUUCUUUCGUUUCCAGCUGUGGGACUGCGGCGAAAAUGCCUUGCGACGAUUUGACCAUCUGCUCCCAUCUUGUAAGGAGAAGGUGGAUGCUGUUCUCUUCCUCUUCUCCUUCACCGACAGAACAUCUUUUGAUGAUCUCACCAAUCAAAUAACCAAGUGGAACGAGUCAUCCGGGGCCCCAGUUGUGACUUUGGUGGUUGGCACCAAAUUUGACCUGUUCAUGCACUGCGAUGUCUCCGAAAAGGACGUGAGGGACUUCCAGGAGACGUGGCGGUUACCGGUGUUGCGCACGGGCGGCGGGGAGGUGGGUGACAGGCCAGACGCCGCUGCGCCCCUCCUCAACUGCCUGGCAGAGUGCCUGUGGCAUCAGGACUGCCUCGCAGCAGGACAACAGACACAGCUGUGGACAGCAAGUCCGAGUUGAGGUGGACCUCAAGGCAUUGGGGGGGGGGUGGGGAAAUGCACAGCUACUUUGGAACAGGUGAACUUAUUUUCCUGUCCCCCUUCAGCAAAAUAUCGUGACGAGAAAACCAAUGUUGAAGUAUUGCAGGAAGAUUAGAGCAGAAUGCCACAGUAGUUCCCGAGUAACAUUUUCACACCUUUUUGCAGACAACUGUAUUCAAGACAGUUGCACCAUAAUUGUUGUCUGCACUUUUAAUAUUAAAAUAUGUAAAAUGAAUACAACUUUUGAAUGGCUUUAAAAAAAAAAUUUAGUUUCUGGAGUGCCUGCUCACCCAUCACUUGAAAAGCUACAGCUACCAAGUACAUUUUAUCUUCCCAUUUCUUCCCGCGUCUUUGCCAGAGCCUCUUUCACACAAUUAAAAUUAACUCAAAUGUUGUAUGAGAAAGUAGAUUUUUUUUAAUUUUCAACUACCCAACCUGAAGUAACAAUUCAAUACAUUAAAAACAGAUGAAUCAAAUUAUUUAACAAUUGGGGGAUAAUGUGCCACUGCCACCACAAAGAGCCUACAAGUACUUAACCAAAUCAGCUCUAAAUGUGUAUAAAACGGUGAGCGCUUUCCUUUUGCAAGUUAAUUUCAGUUGUGAUUAGCAUUUUGAACUCGUGUUUACUGUGUUAGAUUACCACCAAAGUGCACAAAAGGAGAAGUGAGUAAUUUUCCCAAAACUACUUUGGAGCAUAAUACAAUUUGGAAAAAGCCCAGGUUUCAGUCAGCACACUUCAGCACCUUCAUCCACUGCUCCUUGUCUGACCUGUGGCCAAAACCCACACUGUUAAAAAUAGACCGCUCCAAACAAAAAUGGCACUACAGUAAUCCC